AUGUCAUUCUUCACUAUAUCCACGGGCAUCACCUUCUGGUUCGGCUACGGGACAACCUUCUUCGCUGCCGCGGGCGUCGACGACUCGUAUCUGAUCUCUCUAGUCCUCGCCAUCACCAAUUGCGUCUUUACAGCACCUUCCAUGUACCUCAUUGAGCGUCUGGGAAGGAGGAGAUCUUUGAUCGCGGGUGGGAUCCUUAUGGGAAUCGCCCAAUUACUCACCGGCAUCAUCCAUAGCGCCGCUCCGGACAGCAAGGCUGACAAGAUGAUGCUUAUCGUUGGGGCGGUGUUCUUUAUCGCUUCCUACGCAACAACUUGGGGUACUGGGGGCUGGUUGCUGAUGGCAGAGCCUCUAUCCGACCGUGCAAGAAAUUACCAAUCUUCCAUCGUGUUGACGGCAUACUGGAUAAUCACAUGGCUGGUUGGAUUUGUUACGCCUUACAUGAUUGACGAGACUGCCGGAGACCUCGGGGUAAAGGUGUCCUACAUCUGGUUUGGCAUGACUGUUCUGUCUCUCGUCUGGGCCUACACCUGUGUCCCCGAGCUCACGGGACUUUCGAGAAUGGAGAUUGAUAAAUUGUUUGAAGAGAACGUGCCUGAAUGGCGAUCCCGGGCGUGGCAGAAGAAGCUUCGAACCAUAUAUGCAGUCCCUGAGGCUGGUCCAGACGAGGCAGUCGUUAUUGAAGAAAAGAUGCGGUACAAGGAGGAACCGUCAACUUAG